AUGGAUGAAAGGGAGGAAAGCCAACGUAAUCAUAUUCCUGAAGGGAACACCACAGUGCUCACACAUGGGAGCAGUGGGCACCCGUUGCCUAGUCUUGUAGAAUCGCCUCCUCCUGAAGUUGCCCAGUCCCUCUAUGUAGAAGAAGGACGGACUGAAAGGCAUGUGCCCGCUAGUAAAGGCCGUGAUAUACCAGGCGACGGAGCUUUGCCCUCCGCGGGGAACCCGGUAGCAGCCCCCUUUCAAGACUUUCGCGCAGUAGCAGUACAUGCGCCUCCCCUAAGUAGAUGUACUGGAUCAUCUGAUGCUUUAGGAGGACAAGAACUGCACAUAGAUCCCCUAGCAGGAGCACCUGCAGAAGGUACGCCAGUAGAACCGAUCCCCUUAGACAGGCCGGCAACAGCAUGUGGAGGAGCCACCAGCGAAUCUCCCACAGGUACAGCUCAAAGUGAAAUACAUCAGGAGAAUGCAAACUCCAGACCUGGGCUAGCCUGCGAUGCUGAAUGCGCCCUGACUAACCGAGAAUAUGGCACCUCAAUUCCACCAGAUUACCCUCAACCGCUCACAGCACCGACUGGAAGCAGAAUAUUACAGCCAGGCGCAGAGCAAGAAGGCCCACGAAACACCAUUUGCCCAGGAAAUUCGCGGAUAGAGCAUGCAGCAAUGGCUACACUGACUGGCAAUGGAGACAAUGCAGUGGCGCCCGCAAUUGCAGACACAGAUGUGGAGGCAGCGGGUGAGACCCCCGGAACGCCUACAGGGCUGCCCUUCCCGACAUCAGGCAUGCAAACUGCUUCCGAAACAUCAGCUGUUGCUAUGAUUGCAUCACAAACAGCAGCACCUCUGCAUUCGCGCCCAGCAGCAAAACCAUCACCAGAAAUUCCUGUGGACAGCAUCCUGAGCCACAGUUCUCAGAGUGGGCCGCCUUCUAUCGUCGAUUACCCUCGGUCACUAUCAGCUGCUGCUGUCGCCACACCAGAUAUCAAAGCCACAACUGGCACUGAGCCAAUGAAAAGGAGAUCGGUAACCGCUGAAGAGGAGGCCGACGAUUUACCAGCAUUUGCUAAUGAGGAGAAUAUCACAUUGUACUCACAGAUUAAAGAAAAGCAGCAGCUUCUGGCCCAUCGAGGAACAGCACUCGGCCAUAAAGCAGAACGCGUUGCACUCAUGCGCGAGCACCUGCAGCAGCUCCGAGCUGAGGCUGAACAGCUGGAAAACCUUGCUGCUGCAAAAGACGCCCAUAUAAACAGCGAACAACAUAUGGACGGGGUAGCUCACCGCCAGACUAGCAAGUUUAAGAGCGAGAUACGGCAACAGCAGCAGCAUCAAGAGCAGCUUCAGUCGCGCCUCAUUGCACUGCAACUCGAGGUCGCUAGAGGACACGAACAAAUCGACUGCUUCAAACUGAGAAUGAAAUGGAGCGAGGAGGAGCUUUCCCAAUGGCGCUCGGCGGCCCAUCAGAAACAAGAAGACCUGGAGUGUAUUGCGGAGUUCAAGAAGAAAGAUGAUGCGCGGGCAGCAGAACUAAUAAUGCAGGCACAGAAGGCAUCUGUUGAGCUGACGGAGGCAAAGAAACGUCUAAGAGAGGAAGAAACGGCGGCCCGUGCGGCACGCGCAGAACUGCAGAGGGCUUUGGAACAUUUCGCACUACAUCAGAAGGACCGUGCGCUUCUUAUUGCUCAGGGACAGCAGACGCAAAACAAGGAGCUUCAAGGAGAGCUCGCUAGCUUAGAACAACAGCUGACCAGCUGCCGGUCGACCUAUGCCACAGCUACAACGGCAAUAAGCCAUUUGUCGGAAGAGGUAGCAGCAUUGAGAGGCCAAAUAUCUGCUGUCGCUACCCGAUGGAAAGCCGCAAAGGGGCAGCUGGCGGAGUUGCAUGAAAGUCUUGCUAGCCAACAGCAGCGACUGGAGAAGCUCAACAAGAAAAAGGAGGCAGCCAGACAAAGGCUAACUAAAGAGCAAGGAAAUGUCCGCUCUGCGGGGGAGGCGGGACAGGCCAGUGAGGCCUUUAAAGCUCAAGCGGAUGCCAGGCUGCAACAGUUGCAGCUCCGCGUAAAAGCAAGCAGGGACAAGCUUUUCGGAAUUGCGCAGAAGCUUGCUGAGGAAAAAGCAGCGCUCAAAAUGAAGCGUGGCGGAAUCAGUAGCUUAAAAAAUGCCCUCAAGAGCCUUCAUGCUCAACUGCAACAGCAAGAGGCAGAAAAAAGUCGGCAACAGGAAUUGUUGUACGCCAUUGACUUCCAGUGCCAAGCAAUGCAGCGUAGAGUGUCGCGCGUUUCUGGGUAUAAAACAGCGGCAGAGACGAAGACUCUAAAGAAGCAAAUCAAGGAGUUGCAGGCUGAAGUAGCCGUGCAGCAGGAAGAGCAGUCGAUGCUGGCGGCACAAGUCAAGCACAUUGAAAGCGAGCUACGAAAGGCGCAUCGGAGCCUCGUCAAGGCUGGAGAAGAAGACGAUCGCUGCUCCAGCAGUGUAGGCACUAUUCGCCUGACUUGUGCGUCUCUUGACCGAGAGUUACAACGUGCUCUUAAGGAAAAGGAGGAACUUGUUGUCGCCGAAUCCAUCAAAAAACUGGAGGUAACCCGUAUUCGCGAAGAACUGGAGGCAUGUGCCGAUGCUUCGCUAGAAGCAGAAAACAGAAAAGCGCAACAAAAGCUUCAGGCACAAGAGGCACUAGCUGCAAUGGACGUUGAACUGGACAAGGCCAGGUGUCAACUGCGUGCGAUGGAAGAAGAGAGGCACAAACUAAACAAAGAAGCGACGGAACGGAGAGCUAAAAUUGCCAGCCUCGAAGCCAAAUACGCAAGUAUAUUGCAGAAUGUCGAUGGAGCAGGGCGGUCGCAAGCGUAUUACGUCAUUCGUGCUGGACAGGAACGUGAGGAGCUACAGCGACGUAUUUCGGAGAUACAUCGGAAGCUUCAGAGCGCUUCUGCAGAAGUCGAGGGGCUACAGGCGACUUUGAGGGAUGUGGCCCUCUCGAACACCCGUCUGCGCUCAAGGCUGCAAAAAGAAAGCGGAAUUCUCGGCACUCUAAGGGAGAAACAAGCCCAAAUGGAAGGCACUCUCUUCUUGAGAAACCGCAUGGAGUUCACACAGCAGCAGCACAUUGCGAAAUUGAAUGAAGCUAUUAAAGCUGAGCAGUGCGCCCUCAAGCAGACAAAAGAAGUUCACCAGUGCACAUUGGAUAAACUUGUGGUGAGAGGCACAAGGUAUUACGCAUUCGAUGAGAAAUACGGCGUGCGCGUUGCACUAAAGGAGGAAGUAGAAGAGCAAAUGAAAAACCUUAGGAAAGAGUCCGCAUCUGUUGACGAAAAACUGCAGCGAAAUUUACAGCAGAGACAAAAGCUACAAACCAGCUUACAGCAGCGGCGUCCAGCUGCCUCCGCCACAGGUCCACCCGAAGGGCAGAAGCUCGGAAACGAAGUCUGCAAUGCGGAAAUGCAGUACCAUGCAGAGAGCCUCAAAAACUUGCUGCAGAACCUUUAUCGGGCAAUGGGGCCGUUGCUCUCUGCUAACCCCAGUGCGUUGGAGGCCCUUCAGCGAGCGUUGGCUGAGGGUGAGUCCGCCUCCAGCCCACCGCCACACUGCCCGGAUUCAGCGUGGCAUGCUGCUGCAGCAUACCAAGUAAAGCAACGUGAAGCACAAACGCCGACAUCGAAUGGGUCGCGUUUUGCUGUUGAGUUGAAGCUAGUUUGGGAUAAAAGCUUAUUACAGUUUGUAAUACCAGGGGCUGGAAAAAUCGAAUCACUUGCCUUCGGAGCAAGGCUCCACAAGACUGCAUAUGAAGUCCUAUAUGCAUUUGUCAUUCUGGCUAGCCUCUCUCAAAGUGGGUUUGCUUGUUUAAUAAAAAACGACACUAGCUUUAAGGCAAGGAGGACAGCAGAGCCUUCAUUGGCCGUAACAGUGGAGGGGCAUGUAAAACAGAUUGAGACCAAACUUGCCACUAAAGUGCCUUGUAGGAUCUGCCUAGCUCAUUAUGUACUGAGAUCCCGAAAAAUAGGUCGCAGUGUGGCAGAGUGGCAAGAAGAUAACCACAAAAAGCAAGAUUUGAUAAUCCGUUACUGCUCGAACAAGCGCUCAAAUCUGUCUACUACCUCGUGGGCCCUGCACUUUCCAAUGGUUGUCAUACGCCCAGAAAACCGCAUAGGGCCGAAAUAUCAACGCUACCCAGACUCCGAGCGUGUAGUCAUCAAGCUCUUGCAGGAAGCUCAUGAUACGGGCCAAGCUGGAGGCAGCAUCGGUGUAAGAUAG